AUGUCUAAGAUCAAUCCUGUAGCCCUUGAGGCUUUGCAGAGUCGCCUAAAGACCGCGACUAUAUAUACACCCGAAUCAGAUAGUUACAAAGAUGUUCUGGUCCGCUGGUCAGACACUGGAAUGAAAUAUGCGGGCGUUGUAGUCCAACCAAUUGACGCGAUUGAUAUCUCAAUCGCCCUGUCUUGGACACAAGAGUAUAAUAUCGACCUUGCUGUGAAAGGCGGGGGUCAUUCAACCGCCGGGACAAGCUCGAGCGAUGGUGGCCUGGUAAUUGACCUGUCGCGCAUGAACAAAGUGACGGUGGAUAUCGAGCACAAGACUAUCACCGCCCAGGGUGGAGCGACAUGGAAGGAAGUCGACGAAACAGGUGCAGUCCACGGGUUGGCCGCUGUCGGGGGCACCGUGAACCACACCGGCGUUGGAGGACUCACUUUAGGCGGUGGUUAUGGCUGGUUGAGCGGAGAGUAUGGCCUCACUAUUGACAAUCUCCUGUCGGCGACCGUCGUUUUAGCGGAUGGUCGUAUUAUCACGGCCUCUGCCACCGAGAACACCGACCUGUUUUGGGGGCUGCGAGGUGCAGGGUACAACUUUGGCGUUGUGGUAGACUUCACCUACCAGGCGUAUGACCAGAAAGAUCCAGUAUACUCUGGCAUCCUUGGAUUCACUGCCGACAAGUUGGAAGGGAUUAUGGACGCGUUGAAUGAAUCGCUAGCAAAGCCCGACUCUCGCUUCGGUGCGAUGUCCAUUUUUGCUUUGGCACCAGAUGGAUCUGGGCCGAUGAUUAUCGUAAUUGGUUUCUUCAACGGCCCACGUGAAGAAGGCGAAAAGAAAUUCGCCGGCUUCACGGCCCUUGAGCCAGUUAUGAACACCCUUGAUAUGGUACCGUACUCUGUGGUGAACACCCUACAAAAUCCCCAAGCGACCUACGGUGAUCGGAAGUCCUUUAAGGGCAUUUUCUACGAGCCACCUUUGGAUCCUCAAUUCGCGAGGGUGAUCUUCAAUGACUUCACGGCCAAGAUUCAGAGUGAACCAGAUCUCAAGACAUCUGCCAUCAUUCUUGAGUUUACCGACAUGCGCAAGAUUUGCGAAGUGCCGCUGACUGCAACGGCACUGGCAAGUCGAAAUCACACACAGAAUGGUAUCAUCUAUCUAAGAUGGACCGACCCGUCUAAAGACCUGGAACACCGUGCUUGGGCACGAGAAGUCCAGUCCAAGUGGAAAGCUGAAUUGGAUUCGAAAACCAAAGACCAGGUUGUGGAUUCGAGCGUGCCUCAGUACAUCAACUACGCAGAACCUGGUGACUCUGUGGUAAGCAAUAUCUUCGGUCAGAACCUCGAAAGACUGCAAGAGGUGAAGGCCAAGUAUGACCCAAAGAACAUUUUCCACAAAAUGCAGCCAAUUCCAACGGGCGCAUCUGUUACCAAGAAGGAAUAG